UCCAAUUUCAGGCGCUCCUGCGAUUUACUCUUUGAGUGCAAUAUGCCUCCUUCCUCGGCGACGGCGGGUGCGCACCGCACCUCCACCUCCACCUCCUUCCUUCUCCUCCAUCCUUCUGCUACAGCCACUCUCAUUCACAGAAAACCAUUCUUAAUUUCUUGUACUCUCACUCCAUUUCCAUCAAAACCCAUCAAGAGAAAAAACUAUCUCCGCCCCAAAAUCCUCAAAACCAUAAUAAAACCCUCUCCCAACCCCCUCCCCCAAUCACCCCCAGCAAACCCAAUUAAUCCCAGUGAAACUCCACCUGAACAAAGUCCUAAUUUUCCCUUCGACCAAUUCUCCAGUGAAGAGCUAAAACUGCCAGAAACUCAUGACUUUCGGAGCUCUGAAAUUUCCCAGUCCGUUGGAGUUAUCGACGGCAGUGUUGGUAAAUUUUCUAGAACUUCUGUCCUUAAAUUUGGGUUGUGGUUGGUUGGUGUCUUUAUGCUUCAGACAAUUUGUGCUGUUUGGUUACUUGAGUCAGCUAAUUCUGACCCCAAAGGUGAAGAUUUGGAUGGUGAAGAUAAAGCCAAGGUUCUAGAAUUGCGGUCAGUGGGAAUUGAAAAAACCAAAUUGAAUUUUUUCUCAAACAAAAGAAAAACUGAACAACUGGGGCUUGAACAAGGUGGAAUUGCAUACGUGUAUGACAGUGACUUCGAGGAGAAAAUUGACGAAAUUCGAGAAAUGGCGAGGGAAGCAAGACUGAGGGAAAAAUUGGAGUCUAAGACAAAUGAUUUGGAGGAUAGUGAUGAUGAUGAUGUUCUUAUUAGAAGUGGGAUCAAAAAGGAGGUUGAUAAACGAUUAGUUAAUUUAAGGAAGAUGUUGCGCAAGAGUCGUGAGAGAAUAUCAGUGUCAUCGGUUAGUUACUUGGGCAAAGAGGUUAAGGUUGAAAACGGGGUGGAUGAGGGUGGGUUGGGAGUGAAAGAGGUGAAUGAGGCAUUGAUGUUUAAGAAGAAGUUUAAAUUUAGAAGUCCAUCGAUUGAGCCAAGUGAUAAACCUAAGGGGUUCAUGGGUCGGGAAAAACAUGGUGUUAGUAAGGCGAAAGACACAAGUUUGGAUAGUGAAAAUGAAAUUUUCAGAAGUGGAGGUGUUGGUGAUAACGGUGCGGAUUUGUUGGACAAAGAACAGCAAUUAGACCUGCCUGGUAGCAGUUUGCAAGAAAAUGUUCCGAUGUCUUUGGAGGAUGAGAGUGGAAGGGAACCACUGAAGGAAGAGACUAAAUCCAUGCAAUCUAAAAGAAAGAAAUUAGGCAAAGCAAGGGAGACUUCAAAACUGAGAAAGGCAAUGGGAGUUGCAAAACCGAAACCUGGAACUGUUAUCUUGCAGGAGAGAAGAAGCUAUGAGAGCCCUCAGGUUGAAGCUGUGAAAUUUGGAGAAUCGAGCAAGCUGGAGGGACCACAUUCUCAAAUCUUCAGCAAAGACAACCAGAAUAAAAUUGUAACAUCCGACCACCAUAAUGUAUUGAGUAGGAAUGGCAGUUUGAAUAGCAAAAAAGCGGCAAACACACAAUCGGCCAAUGAAGUUGGGGAUAAUAGAACAAACAAGGGGACUGAUUUGUGGUGGUCGGGUCUUCCAUAUGUUCUGGCCAUUUUCAUGUGUAGAGGUCAUGAUGGUGAAGGAUCAAAAGGGCUAUUUACCAUAAGAAGCAUAUCUCAGGCAGAGGGUGACCCAUCUCAUACUCUUGCUUUUGAGGACCGUAGUGAUGCCACUAACUUUUGUUAUAUUCUGCAAUCCUUCUUCGAAGAUCUGGGUGAUUUUAGUUCUGACGUUGUACCUCUAUCAAUAAAAGUAAGAACUGAACCUGCCCUUAGAGAACCCCAAAAUUGUGGCUCUCUGUAUAAGAAAUGGUAUUAUUUAUAUGCAUGUCUGUACCAUUGUUAGGUGAGUUGGACUCGAUGUUCAAAUGGAUCCUUAUGGAGGUUUUGGUUGACUAGUUUAUGAAUACUUGAUUCAUAUUUUAGGUGAACUCGCCUUAGAUGAAGCUUUGGGAGACACUAACAUGAGUACCUGUCAAAGUGUUUCUGUUACAAUGUCCUAACUCCUUGUUGUCAAAUGAUACUGUCAUGCCAUUCCUGUACAGCAGUGACAGAAUUUCUUUUAUUGAAGAGCAACACUGAUACUGAAUUGGAAACCUAAACUUUAUCAGGAACUUGAUGAGGCAGUGAAAUCAAAUGCUAUGAAGGUUCUUGUUGUGAAGAAGGGACAACUUAACCUUUAUGCUGGGCAACCACUAGCUGAAGUUGAGAUGACCUUGCGUUCUUUGGUUGGAAGAAGUUGAAGCAGGAGGUGGAGCGACUUCAAAAUGGAUAUUGGCUUUUUUUGGAGCUAAUACACGAUGAAUUUGGGAACACUAUUUGCAUCAUCUUCCUUCCCCGAUGAAGCAUUUUCAGGCAAGAAUGGGUUGAAUUCCUGUAUUGACCACUUAAUACUGGCAUUGGUGGAGUACGGAGAGAGGCAAACUUGUAAGGUGAUUAACAAUGUACAGAUUCUUAGUUGGCUUAAAUAGCUCGAGGAAUUCAAUUAUAAUUGCAUUUUUUUUCUUUGAUUACAGAUUACGUGUAUUUCUGAUUAAAUUACAUUUUUCCAAUUUGUAGAACUAGUUAGGUAUAACUUCAUCUUUUAAUUACGUUGGUGCUGAAGUAAU